AUGGUAGUAACAGCCUCAGGGAUUACGGAAUGCCAGAUCAUCUCAUGGCUGGUGAAGCCUGGGGACGAAGUGCAGGAGUUCGACCCAAUCUGCGAAGUGCAAUCUGAUAAAGCUUCGGUAGAGAUCACCUCGCGAUUCGAAGGAAGGAUUGAGAAGCUCCACUAUUCACCUGGUGACAUGGCAGCAGUCGGCUCGCCACUGCUUGAUAUUGAUGUUGAAGAUGGAGAAGAAGAUCUAAUAGAGGAGUCAUUCACCGCUGAUUCCCCGAUCGAAAACGAUAACGAAGCGAUAGGGACGACAGCAUCAACCGAAAUAUCCAAGCCCCCAGUCCAAACACUUGAUCCUGUCUCAAGGUCUGAGAGCAGCGGGAUAAAGGUAGACUAUGAGAGCCUCUUUUUGAAGCAACAAAACGCAGCUCUCGUCUCUCCUGCUGUUAGGCGCAUUCUAAAAGAGCACGAUAUCGAUAUCAACGAGGUUCAAGGGACCGGGAAAGACCAACGCAUCCUCAAGGAAGACGUGCAAAGGGUCUUAAAAGCCCGUGAAGACAUCGAUGCGACGGAGAAUCCUCCCCCCUUCUGGCCUAGCCCCGAGUCCAGCAACCGGAAUUCUCCCAUUGGCGACCGCCUUGUUACUUUAUCCCCGAUUCAAGCCCAAAUGUUCAAGGCGAUGACCCGAUCCUUAAGCAUUCCGCACUUUCUCUAUACACAUACGGUGGAUCUCACGGAGUUUGUUCGCAUCCGAAAAAGGGUUGCAACUCGCCCUGCGAUAGCAGCUCGACUACAGACCGGAGAUGGAAAGCCGCUUAAAUUAACCUUACUUCCAUUCAUGCUCAAGGCGCUCUCUGAGGCUGUCAGUUCGUUUCCUAUCGUCAAUUCAAGGGUAGUCGAAAAUGGCAAGACGGGCCAUCCUACGCUCGAGAUCAAGGGAUCGCACAAUUUCGGGCUAGCAGUUGACACACCACAAGGGCUCCUGGUGCCAGUGGUACGAAAUGUUCAGCACCAUUCUAUUAUGUCUCUGACAAGAGAGAUUUCUCGCCUCGGACAUCUCGCAAGGCAGGGAAAGCUCAAGCCCGAAGAUAUGCAGGAUGCUACUCUGGUUGUAAGCAAUAUCGGUAGCAUCGGUGGACAGGUAGUGGCACCUGUGAUUCUCUCGCCUAUGACAGCUAUCGUCGCUAUCGGGAAGGCCGAGGAAGUGCCUGUAUUCGCGGUCGAUAGCGACGGAAACGAGAGCAUCGUCAAGAAAACCAAGGCCGUGGUGAGCUGGAGCGCCGAUCACCGCAUUCUGGACGGCGCAACUGUGGCGAGAUGUGCGCAGCAGCUCGCACUCUGGCUUGAGAACAUAGACGACAUGGGUUUGGUUCUAAAAUAG